GUGUCCACGUGACCCAAGGUGUCAAACCUCCGAGACGUUGAAGACGACGGGGCGCGGCGGGUUAAAAAGGACAGCGCGGCCACGCCCGCGCGCACACUGCUGCUCUUCAACCCGAGAACGAUCAUGGCCGCGAGGGCGCGAGCGCUUCACCUGUUCCUCCUUCUGUGUUUCCUGCACACCUGCGCGUCAGAGAAAGAAGAUCGAGGCUUCACCGGCACGGAGACCUCCGACGGGGUUUGGGUCGGCUCCGUGGCCAAGCAGGUCCUGAGCAGCCGCCUCACCACCGUCUUCCUCCCCAUCGUCUACAUCGUCGUAUUCGCGGUGGGCCUCCCCACCAACGCCCUCGCCAUCUGGGUGUUCCUCUUCCGGACCAAGAAGAAGCACCCGUCGGCCAUCUACAUGGCCAACCUGGCGAUGGCCGACCUGCUCUUCGUCAUCUGGGUCCCCUUGAAGAUCUCCUACCACUUCAACGGCAACGACUGGAUCUACGGCGAGGGGCUGUGCAAAGUGCUGGUGGCGUUCUUCUACGGCAACAUGUACUGCUCCAUCGCCUUCAUCGCCUGCAUCAGCGUGCAGCGCUACUGGGCCGUGGUCCACCCGCUCUCGCGCUCCCCGAGGGCCAACACCGUGGCCGCGUCCGUCUCCGUCGCCGUGUGGGCGGCGGUCUGGCUCGUCACCGUCCCCCUCUUCCUGUACGACCAGGAGGUCCGCGUGACCAACCUCAACAUCCGCACCUGCCACGACGUCACCAGGUUCAGCCAGAAGAAGAUGGCGGCGGGCUACUUCCUCACCAUGGGAACCGUGGGGUUCGUCGCGCCCACCGUGGUGUGCGUCAUAUCCUACGUGCUCAUGCUCAAGGCUCUCCGCAACAGCAUGGCGGACCCCGCCAUCGCCAAGAAGCGACAAAAGGCCGUGGUCUUGAUCGUCACGGUGCUGGUGAUGUUUCUGGUGUGCUUCACCCCGAGCAACGUCAUGCUGCUGGUGCACUACACGCUCCUCCUUGGCGAGGCGGACGACAACCUGUACGGCUUCUACGUGUCCACGCUGUGCCUGGCGAGCCUCAACAGCUGCCUGGACCCGUUCGUCUACUACUUCAUCUCGGAGGAGUUCAGGGACCACGUGAAGAACACGUUCCUCUGCAGGAGCGAGAGGACGGUGGAGAGGAUGAGGGUCUCCUUCAGCGCCCUCAAGUACUCCAAGAAGACCAACACGUACGCGUCCGACUCGGGGAACACGCAGAGCACCGAGUGCUAACGCCUCAUCUUUUAAAGAAAUUUUUUUUUUUUAAAACUCCUCGAAGCUUUAAGUUGUAUACGUUACUGUUGUAAAUGCAUUUUUAUUUUUUUUAAUUUCUUUUGAUAAUGCAACUGAUGCUCGUUGCAGUCGUCUGCAGUUUUAGUAGAUUUAUUUAGGUAUUCUUUAUUUUUUUUUAUCCAUUUGAACUUUAAGUCCAAGCUGUCCAUUUUUAUUGGGAACUAUUCUUUUGUUGACGUGCCAGAAGGUUUUUAUUAGCAUGUCGUGUGACACGUGACACAAGCGUGACACGUGUUGACCUCUUGUAUGUGAGUGUGUGUUUUUUUUUUAUUUUUAUUUUCUUAACUUAAUCAUUUGAGAGUUUGUAAAUGUAAAUGUACAACCUGCAGAUCUUUAAAAGUCUCAGAAAGCGUUUUGUUUGCAUUUUUAAACUGCAGGGAAGUUCUGAAAAAUAUGCAAUGAUUAAUAAUUCUAGGCCAUAUAUAAUUACCUGCUGGUUUUUAUCAUACUUUGGCUCCGGUAUUCUGAAACGGCCAUUAAAUUGCGGCCAUUAACUUGCAUUAAAGGGUCUUAAAAGUCUUUAAUUACAUUUUGGGGUUAUUGACCUUUUCUCUCAGGUUGGAAAGGUCAAGCUGUGUCUUUUCAAAACAAUCCUCAACUUAUAUUUAAUUUCUCAUAUGCUAGUUUUUUGUGUUUUAUUCUAAGCCAUUAGUUCUAGAUGAUGCUGACUUGCGAAGCACCUCUUGGGUUUAUGGCAUUUAUUUGGUGAAUUGAAUCACAAUCGCUGUAUCUAUUUGGGAUUUAUUGAAAUUGACAAAGAAAGCUGUAUUUUUCAUAUAUCUACUGUUGUAGUUUUUUUUUUUUUUUUUUUUUGUAUGACUAAUUUGAAGCUCAACAAAACGAUUCAAGAGAGUUGUAAAAAAAACAAGUUUCCCUGAAGUGAUUUUAAUGACCGGGGAAAAUGGCUUUCCCUACUGAACUCUCUCCUUGUUUGGACUCUUGCAGCUUGUUUUCCUGCCUCAAGUAUAAGCAACUGUACAUAAACACGUCCCUCUAAUACAUAUUUACUGCUGACGUGUUGUCUUUCUAAGAUUUAUCUGAUCCGCUUUAUACUGAAUGAGGGCGGAAGAGAGUUCUCAUGAAAACCUUUAUUUUUAAAGCCGUUCUAGCAGUCGUAAUAAAUGAGAAAUAAGAUGUUAGAAUAUAUAUAUAUAUGUCUAAUUAGUAAGUACAGAAAAAUAUAAUGAUGGAUAAGUAAAUGAAAUGAAGCAUGUUACUUUGAUAAUAAAAUCGUCAUAAUAAAGAUAAAUAGGAUAACCGGUGAACGGCAGUAUAAUCUUAUUAUUAAUAAAUGAGUAUUAUAUAAAAAACGUCAACACUUCCAUUGAUGAGAGGUUACC